AUGCUGCUUUUACGACUAGCGACCGUUCUCGGUCUGGCAGCCACGGUAUCGGCGACGACGACAAGGCCUGGCGAUGGCCACGGGACGACGACGAAUAUCCAGACGCGCGAGACGAAGGCCAAGACGCCCAAGUACUUCCGCGAGCCGGGGGGCUCCCUGGCCCUGAGCCACUACGACGCGCGGUACUACCAGUCCGAGGUGCCCUACUCCGAGCACCGCGAGGUCCUCCGCGGCCUGGUGCAGUCGUACCUGACCACGUUCCGCCAGUACGGCAUCGAGACCUGGCUCGCCCACGGCACCCUCCUGGGCUGGUGGUGGAACGGCCAGGUCAUGCCGUGGGACUACGACCUGGACAUGCAGGUCUCCAACCACACCCUCACCUGGCUGGGCGACAACCUCAACGGCACCGAGCACGCCUACAACGUCACCUUGUCCGCCGCCGUCGCCGGCGCCCCGACCGUCGAGACCCGCUCCUACCUGCUGGACGUCAACCCCCACCACUCGGAGGUGAAGAAGGGUGACGGCCGCAACAUCAUCGACGCCCGAUGGAUCGACACCUCAAACGGCAUGUUCAUCGACAUCACUGCCGUCAGGGAGCGCCACGAGGAUCGCCCCGGCCUCUGGAGCUGCAAGAACAACCACCGCUACGACUCCACCGACCUCUGGCCCAUGCGCCUCUCCCUCUUCGAAGGCGUCAAGGCAAAUGUCCCUUAUAACUUUCAGCGUAUCCUCAGCGAUGAGUAUGAGGAGAAGGGUCUAGUUGCCGAACAGUGGGAAGGCCACCGUUGGGACGCCCGUAUCAAGGACUGGGUCAAAAUGUCUUCCUCCGAGGAGAAAGAGGCCAAGGCCAAAGCUCAGCAGCAUAAACUUGCCGACAUGGAGGCUCAGAAUUCUAAGCAGGACAACUCUUAG